AUGGAGGGAAUUACCAACUCAGGCACUGCCUCACCCUCGUUGUCAAUGUUUUCACUGGCAGAUUCGAAUUCCGCCGAAACAGUCAGCACACCAGACACUCAGCGGUCACUCCUGUUCGAUGAUGAUGUGGUAGCAGACCCCCUUGAUAUCGCCGGCGGCGCUCCUUUCAUCAUGGUCAUCGGCGGGUUGGGUUACAUUGGCUCCCACACCGUUCUGGAGCUGCUCAAGGAGAACUACAAUGUUCUUGUCAUUGAUGAUCUUAGCAAUUCUUAUGAAAGCGUGCUGCAACGUAUCAAAGCAUUGGCUUUGGAACACUUCACAACCAUCGGGAAAAGCAUGCCUUCGUUGCAUUUCCGGCAACUUGACUACCGGAGUCCUUGCAUGCGGUCGGUACUUGCCAGCUAUUCGACAUAUUCGGUUGGCAAUAAGAUGCACAAACUCUCCGAGGAAGGUACUGGCGCGCUUUCUGCACGCUUCCCAUUUUCAGCUCUUCAGCGGACCGACUCAGGUAUAGACCUGGAACCGGAGGAUGCUCCCAACGCCGUUGUCCAACGCACAUCUCGGAUCUCAGGUGUGAUACACUUCGCUGCAUACAAGUCUGUGGAAGAGAGCAUCCGUAUGCCAUUGAAGUACUACAGCAAUAAUGUGUGCGGUAUGGUCGACUUCUUGGGCCUCCUGGAGGAGUUCGGGAUUAAGAACUUCGUCUUCUCCUCCUCCGCAACCGUUUACGGUGAAGGUGCCAACUGCGGGCUUCCUCUUCGUGAAGAACUUUGCGUGCAUCACCCGGAAACGUUCCACGACGACGAUGGAUCAGAAAGGCACGCAUCUCCCGGGGUCAUGGGCCUGACUUCCCCGUAUGGUCGAUCAAAGUUUAUGUGUGAAUCCAUUCUGGCGGACAUUGCGCGUUCAGACCCCUCUUGGUCAAUAACAGCGCUGAGAUACUUCAAUCCGGUUGGCUGCCAUGAAUCUGGAAUUCUUGGCGAAGAUCCUCGACAAAAGCCCAGCAAUCUCAUUCCAGUAGUCGCCACAGUUCUUACAGGCACUAAGCCAGUCCUGGAUAUCUUUGGUACUGAUUGGAGUACCCCCGAUGGCACAGCUGUUCGAGACUUCAUCCACGUUGUAGAUCUAGCCCAAGGUCACAUUGCUGCUUUGGCAGCAUCGGCAUCCGGUCGAAUCCAGGCUCCAUUCAGAGCUUACAACCUGGGUACCGGACGAGGCCAUACAGUUCGGGAGGUCGUACAGAGUUUAGAAACUGCUUCGGAAAGGAAGAUCCCAGUCCGGGAAACUGAUCGCAGGGCCGGUGAUGUAGGUUUCUGUGUAGCUGAGGUCCGGAGAGCAGAGACAGAGCUGCAGUGGAGAGCACGGAAAACACUCGCCGAUUGUUCGGUGGAUGUGUGGAACUUCACCAAGGCUAGAUGCAAUCCACAGACUUCUGAUGAGAUGAUCUGCUAG